GUGCAAAUAUUUCAUGUUUACCCCUUACAUAGACCUUAUCUGUAUAUCAUCCUAUUCUACUGAAAUUAGGAUGAAUCAUCAGUAAAAAUUGUAAGGUAGAUCACAGCACACUAUUAUUUUAUAUUUCAUUGAUCAUGUUUUGGAGGAUUAUACGAUAAACAAAAAAGGAAUUUCAGGACUGAAUGAAUACAAACAUUGUAUAUACCCUCUUAUCUCUACUCUGAAGUGCUGUAGACGAAUGACCAUUGUUUAAAAAUGACAAAUAUGUCUGAAGAAGAAGACAACUACGUCAGAAUGGGUUUGUUGCUGACGGGAGUCUCACCAAGAGCUGUUCGUUCACUAUUUGAUGAACAAUUCCAUCCUCCUGAUUUGAAUUUAAUGUUAAAGAGAGGAUAUAAUAAACUGUUAGAACUUAAAUCAAAGAAGAAAAUUAAUGAGUCUCAUUGGAGUCUUCUCUUUCCUGAAUGUGGCAAAAAUAGUGAAUCACGAAACUUUGACAUAACAUUGAUGAUAACUCUAUUAGGACAUCUUACUUCUAUUGAAAUAUCGACUGAUGGAAAAUUACCUUCAGCAACGGACAAAACACAUGGUGCAGACAUAGCAAGGAUAAAAUAUUACAGGAAUUAUUUUGCCUAUUUAGAAGAUGUUAAGAUGAACAACACUGUCUUUAAAGAUGUUUGGGAGGAUACAUGUAAUGCAGUUUAUAGAUUAGGAGGUGACUCGCUUUACAGAGAAUGUGAAUUUUUAAAAAGUAAAAUCCUUGAUCAAGAUAAUCAACAAAUUAUAGUGGACAUGAAGCAGACGAUUAAUGAAGUACAAGAAAUAAGACUCAAAGCGGACAACUUACGACUAGCAAAGGACUUCUUGAAAACACUGACAGAUUCCCUACAUGAAAAACAUGAAUCUUUGAUACAAAUCCAUGGAAACUUAAGGAAAGAACAUGAAACUGUGAGUCAGGACGUUCUACGUUUAAAUAAGGCUUUUGAAGAUGCAGUGCCGUGGAAUAGGAGAGUACAAAUUGAAAAUAAAAUAAAAGCGUGGAAGAAAGGUGAUGAGAUGCAUAUUGAAACUCGUGCUGAUAAACAUAUUGUUGAACUUCUUUCCAACGAAAGCUGUGUUACAGUUAUUGCAAGUUCUGGUGUUGGAAAGACAUCUGCUAUCAGACAUAUAGCGUUGCUUAUGGCAGAAAAAGAUUAUGAUGUUCUACCUGUCUCAGAUCCGUAUGAAAUAAUAAACUUCUACAACAAAAGUAGUAAGUCACUAUUUGUGAUUGACGAUAUUUGUGGCACAUUUUCCUUAGACAAUGAACGGUUGGAAAGAUGGAGUGUGAUAUUAAAAGAUAUUAAAAUACUUUUAGAUGAGGGCAACUGUAAGAUAAUCGCAGCAUGUAGACUCCAGAUUUUUAAUGACGCUAAAUUCGAAAGAAUGUCUGUGUUUAAGUUAAGUGUUUGCAACUUGAUGUCCGAUGAAACCAUGUUGACAGGAAGGGAAAAACAAGAUAUAGCCGAACUAUAUUUGAAAGCAGAUGCAUCAAAAAUAUGCGAAUUGCAUGACGCAUUUGAUUUUUUCCCUCUUCUUUGUCGCUUAUAUCACGAGAAUAAAUCAACAAACAUUAUAGAUUUUUUCGAGAAUCCAUUUCAGGUAUACGAAUCGGAAUUAGACAGAAUGUUCUUAAAUGGUAAUUACACAAAAUAUUGUGCUCUGGCUCUUUGUGUUUUGUUUAAUAACAAAUUACCUCAAUUGUAUUUAAGUACUGAUGUGGAUAAAAAAGUAAAACAUAUUUUCAAGAAUACAUUCGAGGAAUGCAAGCUUAGUAGGGGCACACCAAUAUUGUUUGUCAAAGACGAGUUAGAUUCACUUAUAGAUACAUUUGUUAAAAAGGACGAAACAUUUUAUCGUAUUUUGCAUGAUAAGUUAUUUGAUUUCCUUGCAUGCUAUUUUGGAAAAAAAAUGAUAAAAUGUUUAAUUAGAAAUGCAAACAAGUAUUUAAUUGCAGAAAGAUUUUCAUUUGAAGAUCAAGAAGAAUUAGAUGAAUUUCUUAUUGCAAUUCCGCCGGAUUGCGAAAUGAUGUAUUUAGAAAGACUAUUUGAGGACUGGACAAAUGGUGAGGUAUCAUGUGUACUACAUAACAAAAACAUGAAAUCACUGGACUUUAGACAUACCUUUUUAACCUAUCUUCAGGGUUUAAAUCCAACGUUACAGAACAAAUUAGCACAUACAUAUAAUACAGGCUAUUUCGAUACUGUAUUGAUAAACUGUUGCUGGACCGGGGACAUUAACUUUGUGAAAUGGUGCAUUAGUCAAAACACAGAUGUAAAUGAGUGUAAUAAUGAUGGCGUAUUUCCUUCAAUUGUAGCUUGUUAUAUUGGUAGUACUGAAAUAUUAAGAUUAUUGCUAAAUUUAAACGCAGAUAUUAAUAAUUGUACAACAAAAUUUGGUACAUCAGCUUUAUAUACUGCAUGUAUGCACGGUCAUACAGAAAUAGUAAAAAUGCUAGUAGAUAAUAACGUAGACGUCAAUAAAUGCGACAAAACCGGAAUGUCCCCUCUGUACAGAGCCUGUCAUGAUGGGCAUAUCGAAAUUGUCAACAUUUUAAUGGAACAAAAUAUAGAUAUAAAUAAAUGUAGAGAAAAUGGCACUUCAGCCUUGUUUACAGCCUGUGAAAUUGGACAUGUUGAAAUUGUUAAGAUGUUGCUUGACAAAAAUGCUGAUAUUAACAAUUAUUGUAAUAUUGACAAUCAAACUGUGUUAGGCAUGGCUAUUCAAAAAGGUCAUGUUGAAAUCGUGGAAUUGUUAGUAAAUAAUAAUGCAGACGUUAAUACAUGUUACAACGAUAACACUUCCCUUUUUCUCGCUGCGUGUCAGUAUGGGUGUGACAAAAUCAUAAAGAUUUUGAUAGAUCAUCAGGUAGAUAUAAACAAAUGCAAUGAUGCGCAUAUAUCACCUCUAUAUUUAUCAUGUCAGAAUGGGUUUGCAAACAUCGUAUCGAUUUUGAUAGAACAUCAAGUAGAUAUAAACAAAUGCAUUGAUGGAAAUAUAUCACCUCUAUUCAUAGCAUGUCAGAACGGAUACGGCAACAUAGUCAAUAAACUUCUUACAAGCAAAUCGGAUGUAAACAUAUGCAAACCGAGUGGUGAAUCGCCUUUGCUAGUCGCCAUCGAAAUGGGCCAUUCCAAGAUUGUAGAUAUGCUGCUGAAAAACAAUGCGAAAGUAAACAAAUGUAUGAAUACUGGUACUUCGCCACUUUUAUUGGCUUGCCAAGAAGGACAGUUUGCGGUCGUAAAACUACUAUUGGACAACGAAGCCAAUAUUCACAAACAAAACAAUAUCGGAUCGUCUCCUCUUGUUGUAGCUUGUGAAAAAGGACACACAGAUAUAGUUUAUUUAUUGCUAAAAAACAAUUCAGAUAUAGACCUGUGUAUGCAUGAUGGCACGUCUCCUCUAUUUAUGGCUUCCCAGCAAGGACAUAUUGAAAUUGUUCAACUUUUACUUGAGAAGAGAGUAAAUCUUCAUAAGUGCAGAGAUGAUGGACAAUCUCCACUUUUUAUAGCAUGCCAGCAUGGGAACACGGAAAUAGUGAAUAUCCUAUUAGAUAAAACGGCAGACGUUAACAAAUGUCAGAGCGAUGGUGAUUCACCACUUUAUACAGCUUGCAAAUUUUGCCAUGACGACAUUGUGGUUUCUUUACUUCAGCAUAAUGCUGAUAUAAAUCUAACAAACAAUAUAGGCGGCUCACCUCUUUUUAUAGCCUGCCAAAAAGGAUACACAAGUGUCGUUACCAUAUUGCUUCUGUACAAUGCAGACCCUGAAAUGUGCACAAAUGCGGGGGCAUCGCCACUUUUAAUUGCUAGCUCAAAAGGACAUACAAAUAUUGUUAAAAUGUUACUUGAAGUCAAGGCAGAUACAAAUAAAUGCGCAGGCGAAGGAAUUUCUCCUCUAUUCAUAGCAUGUAAAGAGGGUCAUGAGGACACAGUGAAAAUCUUAGCAGAAAGUAAUGCAGACAUAAAUAUGUGUUCUCAAAACGAUAUGACGCCUUUAUAUCUAUCCUGUCAAAAGGGGUAUUUUAAUAUAGUUAAAUUAUUAUUGAAUAAACAUGCUAACGUUAACAUCGCCAUGGCUAACGGCUCAACACCACUAUUUGCGUCGUGUAGAGAAGGUAACGUAAAAGUUGUGGAAGAAUUGUUAAAAAAUGGAGCGGCGAUGAACAGUAACAUGUAUGGAAUUUCGCCCUUAGAUAUCGCUCUUUAUAAAGGACAUUCGAAUAUAUUGCACUUGCUUAACAAAUACGUGACCGUUUUUAAUAGUUUGGAUAUCAAUAACAUUACCAAUACUGGAUAUUUUCCUCUUUAUUUAGCGUGUGCAUACAACGAUAUAGAAAGUGUAAAAAUAAUACUCAACAAAAAGGCAGAUGUUAACCUUUGCAUCUGUGAUGGCACAACGGCUUUGCAUGCAGCAUGUUUUAAUGGUAACAUUGAAAUGGUUGAGGAAUUAUUGAAGAAAGGGGCUGAUUUGAAAAGAAAUUUUGAUGGUGUCUCCCCAUUAGAUAUUGUGCGAAGUAAAGGUUAUAAUGAUAUGCUGCAUUUAAUCAAUAUGUACAUUACUAUCCUUUAUGAAAGAAUUGUGUAAUACAUUGUAAAUAUGAUAUAUACAAACUCUGUUUAUCGGGUUCCGAUGUGAAGCUAAGAAACUGAUCGAUUUAUCAGUAUAAACCACAGACUGAAACGAUGAUAUUAUAUGUAGGCCUGAUUAUGUUUUAUCAUGUUAUACAUGUUAUAUACAAUCCUUCUUUCAUAGAAUUCAGCAGUAAAAGUAAAACAGUUUUUUUUUAUGAAUUGUAUGAAUAUGACAUAAAUUUAUCUGGUAUGCUG